UCCUUCAUUCCUCUUGUUUUAGCCUACUUUGCUCUCUUGUCAAUUUUGUCGCCAUUUUCUCUCAUCUCUUUUGAGAGGCUUCAAUCUUCUGGUCUGGGCUUGAUCUUCCUCGGGAUUGUCGCCGUCAUCCUGAAUUUUUUCCAAUUGUUUCCCCGCAGCUUCUAUUUUUACCCCUCUGCUCGACCUGUCACAUUGCACUCACCUCGCCCACCAUGUCAACCACCGAGGCCCGCGAUGCGGCCAUCCGAGAGGCCAAACAAUAUGUCCGCGACACAGUGCGAAAUGACUGGGUCUUUGAACUGUCCCCCGAAUACGGCAUUCCUUCGUUCUCAUCACCGCCGACUCCGGAGCAGGACGUGCUCGAAUGGCGCUUGCGCGAAUACGACAGUUCCGGCUCCGAACUGGAACCCCAAUCCUCCCCGACAAUCAACCCCGCGGAUGUCCAGCAGCUGCCGGGCUUCACGCCGUCGGAGAUCUCCAGCCCCAUCGCGACACCGCUGGGCGAUGAUUCGGAGCGCCGGCGCAAACGCCGCCGCCAGAUGGAGGAGGAGAUGCGCUGGAACGAGGGCUUGCGCGCGUGGGUUGAGCGACGAGAUGCGUGGUCGGGCGCCCACACCAAGGACGAGAUCCGCUCCAAAAACCUGAAGAAGCACCAGCAGCAGCAGCAGGAGGAGGGCCACGCGACCGAGUCCUCGUUAUCGUCAUCGGACGCGGCCGUGCAGAGCCCGCCCAGGUCUCCGACUAGCGACCUGGUCGCCAGGACGGAAGCUGCCCUUAGCCUUGGAGAGCCGAAGAACCUGGCGCAGCUGGACGGCGAGGAGGCUGAGCCAUCGACAGUCGCGGAGGACAAGAAGGAACCGACUGCUUCCACGGAGACCAUCAUCACCGAACCGGGCCCCCAGAAAGAGACCUCCAGCGCCACCACGGAGACUUCGUCCUCCGAACAACCGCAAGCGCAACAGCCGCUUCGAACACUCGAAGAGCCCUUCAUACCCGUCGUCCCCUCCCUGAUCUCGGGGACCAAUCCCAUCCGCGCCUCCAUUACGCCAGCCAUGUACCCCUCCAUCUACUCCAAAGUCGUCAUCCAGGGUCUCACGCCCACUGUCCCCAUCAACCUCGCCGACGUCACCAAAGCCAUGGUCCAAGGCUGGAAGGCCGACGGCCAAUGGCCCCCCAAACCGACCCAGACCUCGAUUGUUCUACAGGACGACGCGACCAUCCCUCGCCGACCGGAGGACAGCACCACGACGGCGGCAGCAGCAGCAGCAGCAGGCGGGGACCGCGCGCCUUCAUCGCCUGAGUCGAAACGCCGCUCCGGCGUCGCCAGUGCCGUCCGCAAGGUAUUCCAUUUCUCGGGGUUCCACCCCCAUCCGUUUCACCGGAGAGGCUCUUCCAGUCAACAGAAUACUGAAUCCCAAACGCAAGCUGGCGGUGAGUCCGGAGCGAAUAUUGCACAGUGAGAUUUGAGCAAUCACAAGCUGAGACUGUUGGAUCGCAGCGUCUGGACUCAUCCAGGAAUAACCUCGAAUGGAGCGGCAUCGAUACCGCCGCCAUCCUCGUCUCCAAUAUCAUGAUCUCUCUUAUUGCCCCAAAUUCUCCCCUUGUGUCUAUUCUACUGCUCCCGGAUUGUUGCAUGC